AUGGCUCUUUCUGCAGGGAACGCUAACCUUUCUCUGACGGAGCAUUUGAGUGCGCCACCUAAAGCAUCACUGCAAUUACUCGGGACACAUAAUGUCAAUGAAGAUAACAAUAUUAUUGAUUUUGAUAUUUGGGUCGACUGCUCGAAAACAGUCGGUAUAAGAUCGGCCAAGUUCCUGACAGAAAAUGAUGUGGAAUCUCGCUGUUGGAGCUACUCCGCUGACUGCGAUAACGACGAGCAAAGCUGGACUCUUCACAAAUCGGGUCAUUUUCUGAAUGGGGAUUGCACUGCUCUCAGAACUCAUAUCGAGCGCCUGGCACAGAAGACCGCCUACGGCGGUUCUGUCGAGGUGUCGUUCCAUACACCCUCAAUACAAUCGGAAGCAAGAAAUAAUGCCUCAGCCGAGAACGGACACAUUGCACAAGUCUUUCUGGAGUGGGCCUUUGAGUGCCCCUUCACCCCAACCGAUAAGGUAUGGAGUGAGCUGGUCAUGAACGCGAUGGUGGACCAUAAGAAGGGCUGGAUAGAGCCAGACGUACCGAGGCCUUCGCACGGGAUGUCUCCUCUUCGGAGGGCAAUGAGAGACAAUGGUACUUCGCGUGUUGUAUCGCGGGAUCAGAAUGCGAACGGGGUAACGCACUCAAUCAGGCAGUUCUCUUCCUGGGGUGGUGACAGUUCCGCGUGAAGAGGUGGAUGCUUGCAUUACCAGUGUUAAUAUGGCACAGCAAUGUGCUCUGGUUUUCCUUAGUUGGCCUUACUAUAUUAUUGUUGGGUUUAAAUCGUGGUUCUAGGCCAUUCAUUGUUGAUAGGUAGAUUUGGUUAUUGCAAGGUUCAACUGUCGAGCGAAGAUAUGUCCUGGUGAGUCUCCCGCCAAGGAGGUCGUACCAUAGGAUAUAGCCUGGGGCGAGCAACACACAUUCAUGAUCACCCAACCACUGCUGGAGAAUAUGAGUUUGCUCAUUUAUAUCUCAUAUGUACGCACAUCCAAUAGGGUUUGCGGUUUGUUGUAUCCGUGGUUGAGGUCGGGUCCCCACAACCGAUGAGAUCAUAGACUCUGGCGGACUGUAUAUACGGGCCGGGAUGAAAAGCGG